AGCAGGUGAAAGGGACAGAGUUGGUUAAUCAAACGGUAGGGUGGAUGCGGUCGCCGUAAUGUCCUCGGGAAACUGUCAAUGGUGUGGGAAAACUGAGUCAGUUGCUUUCUAAUAAUUAAAUCAAACAACCGGCAUAGUCAAAAAAAAAAAAAAAAAAAAAAAGACAAACGGGAUAUUUAGCUAACGAUAGCUAGCUGACACCAUUCACAGUGUUUUAGCCAUGGUAGCUACUAGCUACUAGUCAGGAGUUCUGGCUCUAACCGCCAAAAAGCAGCAAGUUCAGCGGGACAUUGUGAUGUUGAUUUGGACCGAUAAACCUCCAUGAAGGACCGGAGAACGGCCUUCAAAAGACGACAGCAUAGAGAGAGAGAGAGAGAGGGGCCCCGCAGCAGCAAAGGGUGGCAGGUUGGAUUCGAACCCCCGGCCGCUGCCAAGGACCCAGGCCACAUGGGGUGCACACUCGACUGGGAGAGUUGGAGGUCGUCUCUCAGCUGUGACGAGCCGUCAGCUCAGUGGAUCACCCCUCGGAGGCCGAGCUGAGCACUGCAGCUUGCGUUCCUAAACGUGCUGGCAUGUUGGGAAAUGUGUCCACUAAUGCUCAGUAAGACCGCGGACACGCUGGGAAUGGUGCAGCAGUGGGCGUCUGAGUUCUCCGUUCAGCUUCGAGACUUCACCACCAAAUACUCCGGCUCUCAGCUACUGCAGAAGAAACUGAAGGAUGUCGAGUCCAUCGUUAAGAUCGUGGAGGUGGACGGAAACGACCUGGUGAAGGAUUAUUCGGACGAAAUUGAGCGAAUGUUGGGAAGCAAGAUGAAGUCCGUGAAGAGGUUGGCGGAGUCUGCAGAGGACGCAGACCUGUACCACGACUUCAACGCUUCAUUGACGUUUGAAUACUACAACUCCAUGAUGAUCAACACGGUGGACGAGGACGGGAACAAUGUGGAGCUGGGCGGAGACUUUCCCCUGGAGGAGAACGAGCACUUCAACAACAUGCCGGUGAACACGCUGCAGAGCGACAUCCAGAUCCCCACCAACGUCUACAACAAAGAUCCCAACAUCAUCAAUGCCAUCUACAACUCGGAGGCGUUGAACGACGUCUUCAUCAGUAACUUCCAGAAGGAUCCGACGCUUACCUGGCAGUUCUUCGGCAGCUCCUCCGGCUUCUUUAGGAUCUACCCCGGUAUUAAAUGGACUCCGGACGCCAACGGUGUGGCCGCUUUUGACUGCAGGAACAGAAACUGGUACAUCCAGGCAGCCACGUCUCCCAAAGACAUCAUCAUCAUGGUGGACAUCAGCGGCAGCAUGAAGGGGCUGAAGAUGACCAUCGCCAAACACACCAUCAACACCAUCCUGGACACGCUGGGGGAGAACGACUUCGUCAACGUCAUCGCUUACACUGACUACGUUCGCUACGUGGAGCCGUGCUUCAGAGGAACUCUGGUCCAGGCUGACCUGGACAACAGAGAGCACUUUAAGUUGCUGGUGGAGGCUCUGCAUGUUAAAGGAGAAGCCAAGAUCAAGAACGCCAUGAAGGAAUCCUUCAAAAUCCUCAGUGAGGCGAGGACCAACGGUCAGGGCAGCAUGUGUAACCAGGCCAUUAUGCUGAUCACAGACGGAGCCAUGGAGGACUUUCAGUCCAUUUUUGAGGAAUUCAACUGGCCUGAACGCAGGGUGCGAGUCUUCACCUACCUGAUCGGCAGAGAGAUGACUUUCGCUCAAAACGCCAAGUGGAUCGCCUGCAACAACAAAGGUUACUACACACACAUCUCCACGCUGGCCGACGUGCAGGAGAACGUCAUGGAGUACCUGCACGUGCUCAGCCGACCAAUGGUCAUCAACCACAACCAUGACAUCAUCUGGACGGAAGCCUACAUGGACACUGUGCUUCCCAAAACCAAGGAGCUCUUCUACACCAAAGCUCAGAGUCUGCUGCUGAUGACCUCAGUGUCCAUGCCGGUCUUCAGCAAGAAGAAGGAAACGCUGUCCCAUGGGAUCCUGCUGGGCGUGGUCGGCACCGACGUCCCACUGAUGGAGGUGAUGAAGCUGGCACCCCGAUACAUGCUGGGCCCUCACGGCUACGCCUUCCUCAUCACCAACAACGGUUACAUCCUGGCUCACCCUGACCUCCGACCUCUGUACAAAGAUGGAAAGACACUGAAGCCGAAGCCGAACUACAACAGUGUGGAUAUGGCCGAGGUGGAGUGGGAGGAUACAGACGAGACGCUGAGAACCGCCAUGGUGAGGGGAGAGACUGGCAGCUACAGGCUGAGCGUCAGAGCCUCAGUGGAUAAAGGGAAACGGCCCCUGUACCUCGUCAACGACUACUUCUACACAAACAUCGAUGAGACGCCUUUCAGCUUCGGCAUGGUGCUGACGAGGGGUCACGGAAGCCUCAUGUUUAUCGGGAACGUUUCCGUGGAGGAAGGCCUGCACGAUCUCACUUCCCCAGACCUCAGCAUCGCCACCGAGUGGACGUACUGUGAGACGGAUAUCGACCCUAGCCACCGGAAGUACUCCCAGCUUCAGGCUGCCAUCCGCUACCUGCUGGGCAAGGAGCCCGACCUCCAGUGUGACGAGUUGUUGCUGCAGCACACGCUGUUUGACGCCGUGGUGACGGCUCCAAUGGAAGCCUACUGGAACGCCCUGAUGCUCAGCGACGGGGUGGAGGCGGGUGUGGAGACGGCCUUCCUCGGGACUCGUUCGGGCCUGAUGAGGAUCAUAAGAUACGCAGGAGUGGAGACCAGAGUGGCAAAGCGGUUUCUGACUGAGGUCGAUAAGGACAACCUGUUCACCAUCGAUCACUUCCCUCUGUGGUACCGCCUGGCCGUGGAAAACACUCCCGGAAGCUUCUACUACUACACCGUCAACGACAAAGGAGUGAAGUACGUGAUAGCGACGACAGCGGUGACGGUGUCGUCGGGCGGGAGGACGGCCGUGGCCGGAGCGAUCGGGGUGCAGCUGUCCUUGGAAUUGCUGGAAAAGAGGUUCUGGGCCGUGGCCAAGCAGCCCAGCGACACAGAUUGUUCAGCCAUCGAAGGCGUGUGUCCUCUCAGCUGUGACAGUGCUGAUCUCAACUGUUUCCUGGUCGACAACAACGGCUUCAUCCUGCUGUCCAAAGAGAAGAACGAGGUCGGACGCUUCUUGGGCGAGGUGGACGGGUCCGUGAUGGCUUCGCUCGUCAAGAUGGGACUAUACAAAAAGGUAUCCCUGUUCGACUACCAGGCCAUGUGUAAGAACAGUCAUCAUCACGCCAGCAGCGCCCGCCCUCUGCUCAGCCCCUUUUAUUGCAUCGCUGCGUUAAUCAGAUGGCUCUUCUCCAACGCUCUGAUGUUCCUGCUGGACUUUAAUCUCUGUGGUCUCUGGCACUCGGAUUACUUUGUGGACGCCAAGGCUGGCUAUCAUACAAGUCAUAAGCAGAAGAAGAUGGAUGCGUAUCAGCCCUGCGACACGGCUUAUCCCGGCUUCAUGUACGACUCGUCUGUCAGGGAAGCCAACAGCCUAAUCAAGUGUGGACGCUGCCAGAAGAUGUUUGUGGUGCAGCAGAUUCCUGACAGUAACCUGGUUCUGGUUGUGACUCAGGCCGACUGUGACUGUUCCCGUCAGUACGGACCCAUGCCGCUGGAGCCCAAAGAGAUCAAAUAUAACGCCACAGUGAAGUGCAACAGGAUGAAAUCCCAGAAGGUGCGCCGACGUCCGAGUUCCUGCCACGCCUACCACCCGAAGGAAAAUGCCAAGGAGUGUGGCGGGGCGUCAGCCAUCAUCCCCUCGCUCUCCGUCUUCUCGGUGUCUCUGCUCGUCUCGGCGCUCCUCCACCAUUGGACGUAAAGCAGGAACCAAUCAGGAUGCUCCGAGGGACGAAGGGACAUCUCUGAUUUUCUUUCCUGCUGCUCAGACGAGUCUCGGCUUGCUGCAGUGGCGAUAAAGGGCUAUUUCUUAUGUUUUAGACUUUUCUCUUUGCUGAACUUCAAUGAGGACCAAAGAGUCCCGAUUCUGUUGAAAAAGACUCUGGUGGACGGAUGUAAACAGUGCGAAGAACUGUUGCCGUUACACUCAAAGAAUGUAGUAUCUUUGUAGCUUUUUGAUACAGAAAUAUUGUACACAAAGUAGAGUUUUACAUUCAAAUGACUUAAAAAUGUAAUAAAAAGUAGUAGCAUCAAAAGCUGCCGUACUCAGCUCUUUGGGAGGUAAAAGGUCAACAGGAAAUACAGUGGCCAAAUGUUAAAGUACAAGUUAUACACUAAGACGUAUACAGAUAAUUUUACCUGCAGCUGUGGUUUAAACCUGAGUUUAAGUCGUGUGAUAGUCAGAAUUAAUCUCCUCAGGUUGAGUGAAACACUGUUUCAGAUUUAAGCCCAGUUCAGAUCAAAGAUUUGCGACAAGAUGAAACCGUUUUCGAACGUUGCAGAAAAAGGUUUCAGCGCUCUGAACCGGCCCGUCUCAGCUCGACUCAAACCAGCUGGUCAAGUCUCCAGAGGCUGGU